AUGAGAAAAUUAAUAACAAUCACUCUUGUUUUGGCUUUAGCCAGUUACUCAUACGCAUAACUCCAAUGUCCUGCUAACUCCUCUUGGGUUUCUGGUUCAAGUGCUUGUGUAUGCAAUCCCGGAUAUUAUGGUACUAGCGCUUCAGCUUGUGUAUAAUGCCCAAGUAACUCUUGGUCAUCUUAAGAUUCAAACACAGGAUCAAGCAUUAAAGCUUCAGCUUGUAAUAAAUGUGCUGCUGGAUACUAUCUUACUACAGCUGCUGUUACAACUGCUGGUUCUGAAGCUCCUGCUGGUUGCACAGUUUGUCCUACUAACUCCACUCCUACUACUAUGUCUACUUCCACUUAAACUCCUUAAAGUUGUGAUAAAUGCUUACCUGGCUUUUUCUUUGUAACUGCUGCUUCUGCUACUCCCGCUGCUGCUUCAUGUACCACAUGUGGUUCUCCUGGUGCCGUAACUUCAACUUAUCCUACAUCAGGUGCUGCAUAAAAUCUUGGUAAUUGUGAUACCUGUUCAUCAGGUUAUUGGCUUGCAACUCCUGCUGUUACUGGUGCUACUCCAGCAGCUGCCAUUUGCACAUAAUGUUCAGGUGGUGUGACUGUCUCAACUCCAGCUACUACUCCUGCUCAAACAGUUGCUGCUUGCGAUACCUGUCCUGCUGGCAAAUAUGUUGCAACUGUUGCUGGCGCUGCUGCCGUUGUUUGUAAUCCAUGCCCUGCAAAUUCUUAUUCUAAUGCUUCAAAAAAUGCAGGAUUUUGUACUUGUUAUGACACUAAUGCUCCUGCAUUAUCUGCCUAAGUUUCUAGCUGCGCUUGCAAAACUGGUUAUUUGGGUACAGUUGCUGCUGCUCCUCUAGCUGCUAGUGGAUGUGUUUUAUGCAAUGACCCUAGUGCUAGUCCUUCAUUAGUAAGCGGUGCUUGCGUAUGUAAAGCUAAUACCUAUGGUACCCCAACUAGUAACGCCGCUUCUGCUCCUAGUACUUCUACUUGUACUAAUUGCCCAAGCAAUACAACUUCCCCUGCUGGUACCACAGCAUAAACUGGUUGUACAACAACUCCUGCUAGCAGUAGUAAUUCAAAAAUCUUAUUGCCAUUAGUAACCUUGCUUUUCUCUUUGGUUCUCUUGCUUUGA